GUUUCCGGUGGGACGCAUAAUCUGUGACACGCGGUGUGUGGUGUGAAUGCUGGAAGCACCGAGGAGAACAACGUGCGACCUAGAGGAGGACACAGGGGACAAUCAUGGCCAGGGUUGUCCGCAUCUUUAAGACUCUUCGAAAUCACUGGAAGAAGAGCACCGUGGGAUUCUGCCUGCUGGGGUACGGAGGGAAUUGGCUUUAUGGGAAAUAUUGCGAUAACUUGCUAAGACGGGCUGCUUGCCAAGAAGCGCAGGUCUUUGGAGACCAGAUGAUCCGACCUAACAUGGCGGUGAAGAAGGCAACCGUUUUCCUGAAUCCGGCAGCCUGUAAAGGGAAAGCCCGGAACCUGUUUGAGAAGAACGCGGCCCCGAUUCUGCACCUAGCUGGCGUGGAUGUCACCGUCGUGAAGACAGAUUAUGAAGGUCAGGCCAAGAAGCUCCUGGAGCUGAUGGAGAACACGGAUCUGAUCAUCGUGGCCGGAGGGGAUGGGACGCUGCAAGAGGUGAUCACCGGACUCCUCCGCAGAGCCGAUCAGGCUUCCUUCAGUAAAAUCCCCAUCGGAUUUAUCCCUCUGGGAACAACCAACACUCUCAGCCGGACCCUGUAUCCCGAGACAGACAACAGAGUGCAGCACAUCUCAGAAGCGACGCUGUCCAUCUUGAAAGGAGAAACUGUUCCCCUCGAUGUUCUUCAGAUAAAGGGAGAACAAGAGCAGCCGGUGUUUGCCCUGAACGCGUUGCGAUGGGGGAGUUACCGGGACGCCGCUGUUAAAGCCAGCAAAUACUGGUAUCUCGGGCCCCUGAAGAUCCGGGCAGCGCAUUGGUUCAGCACUCUGAAGGAAUGGCCUCAGAAGCACGAAGCCUCAAUCUUGUUCCUGGGACCUACGGAGAGACCCCCAGAGGAACCGGAGCCGAGCAUCGCCAGGCCCUCGCUGUACGUCCGGAUAUACAGGAGACUCGCUCGGUACUGGUCACCACCGAAAGUCGAAAUCCCGGCGGAACCAGAACCCGAGCCUUGGCAGGAAAGCCACGUCUCGGCUGUAGAGCUGACCAUCGCGACACAGAACCACCAGCCGGACUUCUCGCGCAUGUUGGACUCCAUGAAUAUCUGCGUAGAGCCGGAUUCCAUCAGCAAAGGAGACUUCAUUAAGCUGGGGUCGGAGAAGAUGCGCGAGCCGCUGCGUUGCCCGGCAGGCAGUCCCGUCCUCAGCGCCAGUUCCUGUAAGGUGCGGAUCCCGCAGGGGACAGAGGGUCGCUUCAGUAUAGACUCCGAAGAGUACGAGGCCAUGUCCGUGGAAGUGACGCUGCUGCCGCGCAAGCUGCAGUUUCUGUGCCAUCCGAAUAAGAAGCAACAGCUCAAUCAGCCGCCCGCAGAGGCCGUACCAAGCUAGAGCUCUACGGCGCCCCAACGACAGAGUGCCGGGAAGACCCUUCGGAGGACUCCGCGUAGCCCUGGGGGGGUUGGUCCUGCUCGGCGGAGGAGCCCCCCAGGUCGUGACAUUGGUUCGCAGUUCGUUGUCUGGAAUAGGUUUCCCGGUCUUGGGAUUUUCUGACCCAGUCUGGUUAUAACGAACACGCGAGAGACGACGCGUCCGACAUUUACUGGGGUUAUAAUGACACGUAUGUUACAUGCGCUCGGGGUUAAUUGCGUUUUGUAGCCGCUGGGCUCUGAUUGGCUGCGCAGACACUUUCCAUGUGAAAUGUAUUUUUUUUUGUCCUUGAGAAGGUUAUUAAAGACAUGAACGCCAAA